AAUUCUUCUUGUAUCUUAUUUUAGCCAUGGCCUUUUCUAUGUCAUUCUUUUUCAUUGUCACGGCUUUGCUUAUCUCACCGGCCUAUUCCCUCACCUGCACGUCACAAAACGUUACACAGAAAAACACACGAUUCACAAACUGCAGCGAUCUCCCGGUACUCAAGGCCUAUCUCCACUGGACCUAUGACCCAGCUGCCAUGCCCAAACCCACUCUCUCAGUCGCAUUCAUUGCCCCUCCGGCCAAGCCCGAAGGCUGGGUUGCCUGGGCUCUGAACCCAACUGGCAAGGGCAUGGCUGGGUCACAAGCACUCGUUGCAUUCAAGGACUCCAAUGGAUCUAUGGUUGUCAAAACCUACAAUAUCUCGUCGUACAGCUCUAUAGUCGAGUCGAAGCUAUUUUACGACGUGUUGGACAAGAAGGCGGAAUUUUCCGGCGGGGCGAUGAGGAUAUUCGCCAAACUUGCUUUGCCCAGUGACGCGACGGAGUUGAAUCAGGUUUGGCAGGUGGGUUCUGCGGUGAAAGGUGGGAUGCCAGAAAAGCAUGAUUUUGGGCCGGAUAAUUUGAAUUCAAAAGACACAUUGUCGUUGGUGAGUGAGGCCACCGCAUCAUCUCCUGCACUGGCUCCGUCACCGUCGCCGACUGCUGGGAGUGGGAGUGGGAAUGGACGGCAAAACGGGAAUGAUAAUGGGAGUUCGAGGAUUGGGGUGUAUGGGGCUUUGGUGCUACUACUGGCGAUUCCACUAAUCCACUUCUAGAGUUUUAGAUUUUAGGGUUGUGAUUUUUCAUAUACAUUGGAAUAAAAAAUUAGGAGGUGAAAUAUUAUUUACAUAUUCCACUUAUUUAAUUAGAGGGUAAAAAGGUAAUUUUACUUGUUUGGUUAAAAUUACACUUAAAUUGAGCAUGAUAUCUUUGGAUGUUUCGUGAUAUUUUGUACCACAACUUUUUUGUGCAAUACAAGCAUGAUUUGUGUGA